AUGAUGCCCCAUAAAUUUGUCACUGUUCAUCAGUACUCGUUGAUCAAUUGGCAAAUCGAGAUUUCCGAGUCGGGACUUCCUGGCUUCAUUCGAAAUAUUAUUGACCCAGAUCGAAGGGAUCAGUCGGUUUUUCAACUUGUUCUUCAGACAGCUGGACUCAGAGAAAAGUGCCCUCCGGUUCGAUCGAUUGAGUUCAAAAUUCGAGUGGUGGACAUUGGGGAUAAAGAAAUCAUGAGUCCCAUCCGAUAUGUGCAUCCACCUGGUUUCCCCAGUCGGCACAUUUUCAACUCGAGCUACAGUACCCCAGAACGUGGACCCGUUCAGGAAUUCCUACAGUCUGUGAUCGGAGUGAAACUGUUGGAGAAUUUCGAUCUUGACAUCCAAACCCUUAUUGUGUUCGAUGUGAAAGACUUUUUGAGUAUGGAGAAUUUGAAUUUAUCGAUUGGAAAUCCAAUGCCAGUUGAACUGAAUUUCAGAUAUAACUUGUUGAUGAAUCAAAAGUUCCAUAAUUUCCAUUUGAUCACCACAACUGGCCAGGGAUUCCCGUGUAAUAAGGAGGCGUUAUUCGUCGCUUCUCCCUAUUUUCGCAAGAAUUUGACCGCUGAAAUGACACAUUUUCAGUUGAGAGCAAGACAUUUGGAGGCUAUUGAAGUGGCUAUCACCUGGAUGCUCACUGAAACCUACCACCCACCACCCAUCAUGACUCCAGAAUUGGCAGAUGAAAUUGUGAAGCUCACGUUGAUUGUUGGACGUGGACCGAAUCAACGGAAACUUCUUGGAUCCAUUGAAAGACAUUGUUAUGAGGAAUUGGUUAAGAAUCAUGAAGAUCUGGAAUACGUCAAAAAUGUUCUUCUUGUGGCGCAUAAUAACCGUCUUGGAAGUCUCCAAGAGGCGAGUCACGCUUGCAUCAUCACUUAUCAUUUCGCGGAUUUCCAGAGGGAUAUGAUACAGAAUCCGAGUCCAGAAUUCACUGCCAAUGGCGCAUUCCAUCAGCAGAGUGUCUUGAGAGGCGUCCGUGACAACUACACAAGAGGGCUUUUGGUGAAAAGUUUUACCAGGAAGACCAGUCAGAAAUCGAACUGA